GGACAAGAGCAAUCUGUGUUUCAUAAAGUGACGCUUACACCUGGCACUACUUUGUCAUCACAAAAGUCAGUAACAAUAGACUUGAUAACAAGCACUGAUCCUCUUUUGAUAGAUCGAAUCGAGAUGAACAAGAGGUAUAAACCACUAAAUAUGCUAUAUGUACCAACACAUCAUAUGAUAGACAGAGCAAGGUAUUAUUCGUGUAGUGAGCGAAGAAGGAGAAGAGCAAGAGGAAGAAUUGGAAUUAUUACAGUCUAUGAAACAAUUUGAACCUUUUUUCAAAGAACAAGAAAAAGGAUUUGGUUUAGACCUUAUUUUGGGAUCCAAAAACAAGGCAUCUUCUAUGCAACAAAAAGGUAAGAAAAAAAAUAGCUGCAUUUUAUGUCUAUUGAAUCCUAUAAAAAGAUAUACUACAAGAUCCUAUGGUGGAUCUGUUCUUUGGGCUUCAAGGUCAUGUUAAAGAACACAUGUCUCAUAUCCAUAUGGAACAAAGAAUUUUACUUAAACGUAUUGCUUAUGCAGACGAACUGAGUUCAAUGGCUGUUCAGACUAUGACAGUCGCAUUAAAUCAAGCCAAACUUGUAUCUGAAAAAAUAGCAGAAGCUCCUAUCAUGAAACAACAGGCUAUUCAAAUACAAAACCAUGCUACUCAUAUCUUUAAAGCAUUAUCAGCCUUAGAAGAACACCUUGAUCCAGAAGAUAGGAUCUCAGCAGAAAUCAGAGCCACACGAUGGCCUGAAUUAAAUCAACUUUUGAUAGAUGCAGCUAAACCAAUGAUUGAUCGAUACAUUAGUAGCUCAAGUGAUUUAGCCACUGUCGGCACAACAUCUACCAGUCCAUUAGUAGAGCAUAUGAUAACCAAUGAACAAGAAAUAGAGACAAGUGCUCUUAGUCGAUUAAGAGGUCUUUCUUCAAGAUCGCUUUCAAAAACAGAUGAAUAAAUUUUAUUACAUGGCAGCA